GAUUCAGCUGAAUCAUGUCUGAGCUCUGGUAUCGAAAACCUGCCAGUGGGUGGGAUGAAGCCCUACCAGUAGAUACAGAGCUCCUCCAACUGAACGAAGAUUCUGUGUGGUAUGAGCAUUUGCCACGCUUAAGAGACUUGAUCCGAAAGGGUGCUCAUGCAGAAGCAGAGCAGCUGGUCCGUCGAGCCUUCUUUGCCUCUCCCAACGGCCAGCGGCACUACGAGCCUCUAGGUACUCUGUCGCUCGAGUUUGGGCACCCGUAUGACAGGGUCAAAGGCUACAGACGCUCGCUGGACUUGAAAGAAGGCAUUUCCCACGUCCAAUAUGAGUAUGAAAAUAUCAAGGUCCAUCGGCAGCUUCUCGCGAGCCAUCCGGACGAAGUACUGGCUAUGCGCAUAGAAGCAUCGCACCCCAUCGAGUUUCUAGUGCGUCUCAGCCGACUGAGCGAGGUAGAAUAUGAGACAAAUGAGUUCCUCGACGAUCUGAUCGUAGACAAUCGCUCUAUUACAAUGCACGUUACUCCUGGCGGCAAGGGUAGUAACAGUGCCAGUUGCAUGGUUGCGAUCCGCUGCGACAAUAGCCAAGGGGAAGCACCAACGAUCGCGCGAGUCGGCCAGAAUCUAGUUGUCAAUGCCCGAAAGACUCUUAUCCUAAUAUCUGCCCAGUCGACAUAUCGGUUCAAGGACAUUGACAAGGCAGUAAUUGCUGAUAUAGAGCGGGCACUAGCACUCUCCACUGAGAAUAUAUGGAAACGACAUAUCACAGAUUACCAGGCGCUCUAUGACCGCCUAGAACUACAACUUGGUUCUGAUGCGACACACCUGCCGACAGAGGAGAGGAUCCUGAAUGCGCUCGAUUACCUUCUCAUAUCUUGCAGUAGGCCGGGCAAGGAAGACGGCUCGGAUCGCGUGCUCCCAGCAACCCUACAGGGUAUUUGGAACCCAUCAUUUCACCCUCCAUGGGGCUGUCGGUACACCAUCAAUAUCAACCUGGAGAUGAACUACUGGUCUGCCAAUGUGGGGAAUUUGUCCGAGUGUGAGCAGCCAUUGUUUGCCCUGCUUGAGCGUGUUGCCGCUGCCGGUACGGAAACGGCACGUAAGAUGUACGGUUGCCGUGGGUGGACAGUCCACCACAAUACCGAUAUUUGGGCGGAUACAGCCCCAGUGGACCGCUGGAUGCCUGCGACACCGUGGCCGCUGGGAGGUGCCUGGCUUUGUUUUCACAUAUGGGACCAUUACCGUUUCACGGGGGACAGGGCUUUGUUAGCCCGAAUGUUCCCCGUGCUCCGCGGCUGUGUCGAAUUCUUGCUAGACUUCUUAGUAGACGACGCUACGGGCAAAUACAAGGUGACAAAUCCAUCUAUAUCUCCCGAAAAUACUUUCUUAGAUGAAAACGGAAACCCGGGGGUGCUUUGCGAAGGCUCAACGAUUGACAUCCAACUGAUUCGUGCUCUCCUGAAUGCGUUUAUCUCAGGAAUAACAGUGCUCGACCUUGCUGACGAUGAACUUCUCCCGAGCGUUCACGAAACAUUGAGUCGUUUACCUCCGAUGCGCAUAGGAUCCGCUGGACAACUCCAGGAAUGGAUGGCUGACUAUGGUGAAGCUGAGCCUGGCCAUCGACACGUCUCGCACCUCUGGGCUUUGUACCCGGGUUGGGAUAUCAACCUUGGCACCACACCCGACCUAGCUAAAGCGUGUGCUAUUACCAUACAGCGACGUCAAGCAGCGGGUGGAGGCCACACAGGCUGGAGUAGAGCUUGGCUCCUCUGCCUGCACGCCCGAUUGGGAGCUGCAGAUGAAUGCGCGAAGCAUCUAGAGCUACUGCUAGCGCAAUCCACCCUACCCAACCUUCUGGACACGCAUCCACCCUUCCAGAUUGAUGGCAACUUCGGUGCUGGUGCUGGUAUCUUGGAGAUGCUAGUGCAGUCACACGAAGGUGUCAUACGGCUUUUGCCCGCUUGUCCGGAUGAGUGGCGAACUGGAAAGAUUCGUGGAGUUCGAGCACGUGGGGGAUUUGAACUGGAUUUUGGAUGGAAAGAGGGGGAAAUCUGGGGACCAGUUAUCGUGAAGUCAGAGCUGGGACUUCGGACAGUGAUCUAUUACCCCCAUAAUGGACUGCAAAAGGUCGUAGAGGGUUCGGGUGUUAUUAUUCUUCCCGGCGAAGAUAUCAAUUAAAUCAUAUAUGUCUGGAAGAUGGAAGUUUUCUCGAUUGUCUCGUAGGGGCCCAUUUCUACACUUCGGUUGCAUGGAUGACCUGGAG